UCCAAAGCAAAGGGGCAUUCUAGGGUUGCGCUUCAUCUAUGGUUGUUUUGGAAGACGGUGGGAAGUCUGUAUUGAGUUUCGUCUUGAAAAUCUGUCCACUGAACAAUGGACGAAAAUAUAUGACGUGAGGUGCGUGGCUGACAUCCUAGCGGACUAACAUAAAACAAGGCUGAUAUUUGUACAUAUAGUGGAGGAACAAUAAUUCCACAUGGCAAGUUUCAACGGUGCAAGCACCGACUCGGUGAUAGUGGUGGAAAACACGGUGAAGUGUUCUCCUAGACUGCUUACCUCAGAGGAGAACAUUCACUACAUAAAGAAAGAGUUUGUAAUGGGGAAAGUAAUGACAAAAUUCUUCCAGAGAAAGAAACCAGAAAAGAGAACCUUUGAGGUAUUGAUGGAGACUAGGCAGCUGAUUUGGCGUCGACAAAUGGGCCGUAUUGAAGGUUUCAUUGAUAUUAGUGAAAUAAAAGAAGUUCGUCCUGGGAAAAAUUCAAGAGACUUUGAAAGGUGGUCAGAAGAGGCACGUAAGAUCGAUCGCAAUUUGUGUUUUGUAAUAUUUUAUGGGUCCGAGUUCAGGCUGAAGAAUAUUUCACUGGCUGCUGCCAAUGCUGAUGAACGUCACUUCUGGAUGACUGGACUUGCCUGGUUGCUAAGUGACACUUUAAAAGCAGGCCACCUACUGUUAAUGGAAAGGUGGCUCUUCAAAGAAUUUUUUGCAAUGGGUAAACAACGAAAUGAAACGAAGUCCAAAACACAACCGAAAAAGAAGUCCAAUACACAACCGAAAAAAGUUUCACUGAAAGAUCUGAAGUCAUUCCUUCCAAAAAUCAACCUAAAAAUGAGCACCAACAAAUUGAAAGAGUGUUUUAAUAAUGUUGAUCACUGGAGGAAAGGUGAGCUUGGCUUUGAGCAGUUUACUGAACUUUAUCACAAUUUGAUUGACCAACCAGAAAUUUCUGAACGUCUCAAUGAUUUAUAUACAGAUGGAGGCUCCAAGUACAAAAAGAAGAUUUCAGGCCGACUUGCUUCCACAGAUGGAGUCUCAACCAAAACAAACAAGAAGAAGCGAGUAACUGUUCCAGAGUUUAUAAAGUUUCUUGCAAUGGAGCAAAAGGAUGCAUUGGCAAAUCAUCCAUCUGAUGUACGCAAACACAUGUGGUCUUUCCUUGACAGUCCGAGCAGGAUGUCGCAAGAUCCAUACUUUACUAUGGGUGAGUUUCUUGACUACUUAUACUCCAACUCUAAUAGCAUAUGGGAUGCACGACAUGACCAAAUCACCGACAACAUGGAUCAACCUAUGUGCCAUUACUGGAUUGCAUCAUCUCACAACACAUAUUUAACAGGAGAUCAAUUCUCAAGUGAGUCUACUUGUGAAGCCUAUGUCAGAUGUCUAAGGAUGGGCUGUAGGUGUUUGGAGUUGGAUUGUUGGGACGGACCUGAUGGGCUACCCAUUGUAUAUCAUGGUCAUACACUCACUACCAAGAUACGUUUCCUGGAUGUACUUAAUGCGAUCAAGGAACAUGCUUGGAUCGUUUCAGACUAUCCACUCAUCCUGUCUGUUGAGAACCAUUGCAGUCUACCACAGCAGAGAAACAUGGCGAGUACAUUCCAAGAGGUGUUUGGAGGUAUCUUAUUGACACAACCCAUUGAUAGAGAUGCCAGUAAACUUCCCUCUCCUAAUCAACUAAAAGGUAAAAUCAUUCUCAAACAUAAGAAGAUUCCAGACAAAGGCACUGAGACAUUUACAGUGCCAGUCAAUAAUGAUGUUGGUGAUCUCGAUCUUAGUAACUCAAUUAAAAAUGGCAUUUUGCUGCUGCAAGAUCCAGGUGAUCAGGAAUGGACACCUCAUUAUUUUGUUCUAACUGAAACCAAGUUGUUCUAUUCUGAAGAACAUGAAUCUCAAGCCCCGCAAGACGAUGAAGAUGAUACUAGCAGUACAUUGGAGACACUUUCCGUUGAUGAGCUGCACUUUUCAGAACCGUGGUUUCAUGGAAAAUUAGACAAGAUUGAAGGAAUGCCACCAAGAGCAGUUGCAGACAAACUUCUGACUGAAUACCAAAAAGGAGAUGGAACAUUUCUUGUACGGGAGAGUGACACCUUUAAGGGAGAUUACUCACUAUCAUUUUGGUAUAGGUCAAAGGUUAACCAUGUACGCAUCAGGAAGACUGUCAACGAACUAUCAACAAAAUAUGUUGUAACUGAGUCUGCGAUGUUUUCAAACCUUUAUGAGCUUGUAAACUUUUAUCGAAAACAAAAUUUGAGGGCCCGUAAUGGUAUGCAGAUAUUACUAACUGAUACGGUUCCACAACUUAAAAGCCAUGAACACGAAGUUUGGUUCCACAAUAACUUAUCAAGACAUGGGGCAGAAGAUAUGUUAAAGCGUAUACAAAAAGACGGUGCUUUCUUAGUACGCAAGCGAAGUGAUAAUGAUUCCUAUGCCAUUUCCUUCAGAGCUGAGGGUAAGAUUAAACAUUGUCGCAUCAAGGCUGAGGGAAGGCUGUUUGUUAUUGGUACUGCCCAGUUUGAAAGUCUCUCGGAACUUGUCUCUUACUAUGAGAAGUACCCCCUCUAUAGGAAGAUGAAACUAAAAUGCCCAGUAAAUGAAGCUGUAGUAGAACGACAUGGACAGGAUGUGGUUGGUGAUGAUCAUAUAUAUGGCACUUCAGAUCUGUAUAUUUCACCAAAUUACAUUGUACCAAAGGUGGUUGUAAAAGCUUUGUAUGAUUACCGGGCUCAAAGACAAGAUGAAUUAACAUUCUGCAAGCAUGCAAUCAUCACAAAUGUAGAUAAACAAGACCAUGGAUGGUGGAAAGGGGAUUAUGGGGGUAAGAAGAAUAUGUGGUUUCCAUCAAACUAUGUGGAAGAAGUUCCCCCAGCUUUAAAUGACAGUGGUCCUGAAUCAGGGUUGCUAGGUGAUCUACAAAAAGGCUCAAUUGAUGUCAGACACUGUUCCUGUGAUGUCAUUGGAGAAGGCAAAGGGAUUCAACCGUUUGUAUUCUCGAUCAUCUCGCCCACUCUGCACCAAACUUUAGAGGUCGCCACACAGUCUCGUGGUGAUCUAGAUGACUGGGUCAACACCAUCCGUAUGGCGACAUUCAAGGCUGGAGAGCGAAGCAGGGACGCAUUGAAACAUGAACGGCGGUUAAGGAUUGCCAAGGAGUUUUCCGAUUUGAUUGUAUACUGCAGAUCUGUGCCAUUCAGGGAGGACACUAUUCCUGGUAAUUACUAUGAGAUGUCAUCAUUUCCCGAGACUAAAGUGGAGCGUUUCCAGUCAACAAAUAAAGCAAAGAUCCUUAAACACGACCCGUUUAGUCGAACAUACCCGAAAGGUCAGCGCAUUGACUCGUCCAACUAUGAGCCAACAUUGAUGUGGAACUGUGGCUGCCAAAUGGUAUCACUCAACUACCAAACACCAGACCGCCCAAUGCAGCUGAAUGAAGGGUUGUUCAGGAUGAAUGGACGAUGUGGCUAUGUCUUGCAGCCUAAUUGUAUGAGAACUGAAAACUACGACCCAAUGGACAGGAAGACACUAGUAGGCGUUGAUGCUAUUCAUUUGACUGUUGAUAUUAUUGGAGGUAGACAUUUAAGAAAGAGUGGACGUGGCCUCAUAAGUCCGUUUAUUGAGCUUGAGAUAGUAGGAGCAGAUUAUGACAGCAGGAAUAAGUUUAAGACAGCAACAGUCGUGGAUAAUGGUUUCAACCCAGUCUUUAAAGAGUCGUGCGAGUUUGACAUUUUGAAUCCUGAAAUUGCAUUCAUUCGCUUUGUGGUUCAGGAUGAGGAUAUGUUUGGUGACCCAAACUUCAUAGGCCAAGCAACAUUUCCACUAAGGGCAAUUAGAACAGGGUACCGAUCAGUUCCACUGAUGAAUGGGUAUAGUGAACCUCUUGAACUCUCAUCGCUUCUUGUUAGGAUUGACAUCAGGGUAAUUGGGGCAAGUGAUGAAGGUGCUAUAUAUGAUUCAAUUUCCGUUCUCCGUGAGCGAACACAAAUAUUGCAAAGAAAUGUGAGUGAACUGUCGUCUGAAGAUGCUCAAUAUAAUAUGCGAUGUAUGGAACUGAGUCGAUGCCAAGAUAAGCUAUUUGAAUUGCAAGAGAUGAGAAGAAAGCAACAAAUUAAGAAGAUACCAAGUAGUACCCCGCCAUCAUGGAUGAGAUAGAUAGAUAAGGUGUGAUAUGCUGAUUCAGAGGACAUGUUUAUUACUUACGAGAUCUUUUUCAUAACACAAAUCGCUCAUUGUAAACUAUGCUGAUGAUUUACCCACCCGAGUGGUUACUCGCAAAGCAUUUGUGCAAGUGUCUCAAGAAUGGAAAAGAUUUUAUAUUUUUGACUAAAAAGAGGGUACAAAGGAAUUAUGGAAGAUGAUUGAUUGGUAGAUCAUUUGAUUAAUAAUUGAUGGAUGGAUUUAACAAAAUUUGAUGUAAUUGGAGGAGAAAAUUAUGCGAGGACUUGAGAAAAUAAAAAAUCAAUCAAACCAGAUAAAAUACUGAAUUUUAUAGCAUUCAUAUCUGUAUUGUAAUUGCAGGAGAUUUUUUGUGAGAUGAAUCACACCAGUUUUACACAUAUCAGAAAUCAAAAUGCAAUAACAGCUCUUGUAUUCUCUUUAUUGUAUUUAAUCAGAGAAUUUACACAGGCUAGCUAUAAUUUUAAAAAUCAUUCUCUAAGUAUUGAAUGUUGAAUUUAUUAAUUUAAUUCCAUUAAAGCAUGUUGCUACUCUUCAUUUUAGACUGAUGACAAUUUUUACAAAAUAAAAACAGAGUGUGUAGUGUAGGACAAUCUAACAAUGUUUCCCUUUUUUUACUGGUUUCUUGUUUGAAGUGAUUCAAGAACCAUAAUAUAAAAUAAUUUAAUAGGUCAAUAAUUGUUUUUUAAUUGCUCGAAACCUAAUACUAAUGAAAUUCUUUGUACCAAAGAAAUUAGUUUAAACUUUACUUAACAGAACAACUUGCUUAAACGUGUGACCCAAAAGGUAGUUGUUUAGUCUUCAGAUUUUCUAAUUCUGCAAGUUAUUUAUAAUUUUUUUUUUUAAGAUCAAAUUAUUUUUUUAAAGAGAGUUAAUACAAAUUAAUUAUAUGAAAGACAUAUUAUAUAACUCAUUUAAUAGAAAUAGCAUUGAAAACAGCAUUUUGAGUUGAAUUAAGGAUAAAUAUAAUUGUAUGGAUGAAGAUGUAAAGACUGUCACAUUGAGGGUAAUAUAAAUUAUAAAGUAUUUUAAAUCAGGACCUCAUGGUGACCCCACUUACUGGUAUACAUAUCAAUAUUUCCAGGGAAUAGGAAAGAGAUUGAUUAAGGGAAGUAAAUUACAAAGGAUGGGAAUAAUAG